AUGUCCUCGAAGGCUCGAGCUCUGGCCCUGCCGGCCUCCGUGCUGGGCACGAUAGAGAUGGGCUGGCGUAUGGACCGCUCCGCCAGUGAGGCCGCCGUGCACGUCUUCCUGGAGCGCGGCCACCGCGAGCUGGACACGGCCUUCAUCUACGGCGACGGCCAGUCCGAGAGCUUCCUGGGCAGCCUGGGCCUGGGCCUGGGCGAAGGAGGCAGUAGAGUGAAAAUUGCCACCAAGGCCAAUCCUAUGGAGGGGAAGUCUCUCCGACCUGAGAGUGUCCGGUCCCAGCUAGAGACCUCACUGAAGCGGCUACAGUGCCCUCGCGUGGACCUCUUCUACCUGCAUAUGCCAGACCACAGCACCCCCAUAGAGGAGACACUGCGGGCUUGCAAUGAUCUGCACAAGGAGGGUAAGUUUGUAGAGCUCGGUCUCUCUAACUACGCCUCUUGGGAAGUCGCUGAAAUCUGCACCCUCUGCAAGAGCAAGGGCUGGGUGCUCCCCACUGUGUACCAGGGCAUGUACAACGCCACCACCAGACAAGUGGAGACAGAGCUGUUCCCUUGCCUGCAUCACUUUGGAUUGAGGUUCUAUGCCUACAACCCUUUGGCUGGUGGACUCCUAACUGGCAAGUACAAGUAUGAGGACAAAGACAAAAAACAGCCGAAGGGCCGGUUCUUUGGAAAUCUUUCUGAGAUCUACCUGAAACGGUUCUGGAAGGAGCAUCACUUUCAGGCCAUUGCUCUUGUGGAGAAAGCCCUGGCGGCCUCGUACGGGGCCAGCCCUCCCAGCAUGACGUCGGCAGCCCUACGAUGGAUGUACCACCACUCGGGGCUGCAGGGUGCCCGUGGAGAUGCCGUGAUCCUGGGCAUGUCCAGCCUGGAGCAGCUGCAGCAGAACCUGGCAGCGUCUGAGGAGGGCCCCCUGGAGCCCGAGGAGGUGAGGGCCUUUGAUCAGGCCUGGCACCUCAUGGCCCACGAAUGUCCCAACUACUUCCGCUAGGUCUAGGAGAGAAGCCCCCCUCAUUGAUCCUGGCUAUCUCCAAGCCCUGAGCCCCAGCAGCCAGCCUGUGCCUUCAUCUACAGCAGCCUGAGCUCUGCCUUUCACAAUGUCCCAUUCUCUGAGUCCUGGUUUUUCUGGCCUCCCAUCCUGUGGAUGUCUCUGGUGAGAAGAGCAAGGGCUGAGUCCUGUCCUGUUGGAAUAAAUAAAAGCAGCUAUUGAAGCAGA